CAAAUCUUUUUAACUUUAAUGCCUAUAGAAAUGGUGACAACAGUGCCAACCAGUGUCCCACUGACACUUUAUACGAUCCGUUUGCAGAAACAUGCCGGGCUUUUUCUUCCAACAGCAGAAGUCAUGGCGCAUCAAACAAAACUAUCCUCUUACAAAACUGCAGCGAACCUGCUUUGACGUUCACAGCGGAAGAAUUCCGUGUCCUUCCAAAUGGUAGCGUCCACCUGCUGAGUUCUAACGUGUCCUGCCCAGCUGAGCAGGUGGUCAUUCUAAACAAAACAGCAUCAAUCUGCGGGGAGUGCGUACUGCAGCACUUCGUGAACAACACGCAAAUAAUCAACAGUCAGGACCCAUAUCAGGGCUGGUUAACCCUGGGUCUUGUGAUAGCGUCUGCCGUAGCCGUUUUGGGUUACGUGGUUUUCCGUUUCAGGUCUGGUCAGUUGAAGAAAGUCCCGGAACAGCUAAAGGUUCAGAUGAUGUUAUGCAUGGUACUUGCUGAGGGCAUGUUUGUAGCGCGUGUGUGGGUCCCUCUUGGUCAGGCCUGUGUGGUGUUCGCAAUAUUUCUGCACUACUUUAUGCUGACGGCCUUCACAUCCAUGAACGCACUAGCCAUGGACCUCUGUCUUACAUUCCGUGACGAUUUAGAGAGAAUAGAGUUGUACAAAUACGUCUUGUAUACCUGGCUGAUGCCGGUGCCUGUUGUCGUUUUGACAGUGAUUUUGGAUUUCACUAAUUCUGUCAAGGUAGGUUACGGAGAGAACUGUUGGAUCGGCAAUCCGACCAGUAGUUUGGUGUCUUUCGGAGUUCCCGUCAUAUGUGCCCUUCUGGUAAAUGCUGUCUUGGUCACCUUUGUGUUGCUGGCCAUUCGGAGGUCAUUUGAGAUAGCUAAUGCGGCACUGGCGCGCUCAAACAGCAGCAAGGCCUGGGUUUAUAUCCGCAUCUCCUGUCUAAUGGGGUUCACCUGGAUUCUAGGCUUCAUCUAUCCUUUCGCCAACAGCCGAGCUGUCGAGUACAUCUUUAUUGUGCUGAAUGCUUCUCAGGGCCUUCUGUUGACACUGAUAUUGGCAAUAACAUCGGAGGUAGUGCAGAACUGGAAGGCUGCGAUCAGGGCACGAUUUGGGCUAGUUGAGCCUAAUCAGAAUACGGCAGUGACCGCCACUGCCAGCAACCAACGGCCUACGGCAAGUAAAACUGGCGGAACGGCAGGUGGAGCCAGCUGUACUACAGAUAUACCCAUGACCACUUUCGCUGAGGUAAAGAAGAACAGGGCAACUCUUCAUCAUGAUGGGCCUCAUGAGACCAGCGUUCGGACCGCCACUGCCAGCAACUUUCGGUACGUCGCAGGCGAAACUGAGGCAACGGCAGGUGAAACCGGCUCUACUGCAGAAGUGCCACUGGCCUCAUUCGCUGACGUGGAAGAGAAAAGUGUACCUCUUCAACUGGACGAGCCUCACCAGGACAGUGGACAAAUCACUACAGUCAGCGACCGAAAGACCAUUGAAGGGAAAAGUGAAGCAACGGUAGUUGGAGCCGGCUCUGAUGCAGCAGUCGCUUUGACCUCUUCCGCUGGUGUUGAAGAGAACAGGGCAUCUCUUCAACCGGAUGAGCCUUAUCAGGACAGUGGACGAACCACCAAUGCCAGCAACCUACAGACGGCAGGUGAAACCGGCUGUGUCACAGACAUACCAAUAGAAGUUGUAGUUGAUGAAGAGAAGAAGAGCGUAAUUCGCCCACCGGGUGAGCCUCAUCAGGACAGUGAACAAAUCACCACAGCCAGCGACCAACAGACCAUUAAAGGGAAAACUGAGGCAACGGCAGUUGAAAGCGGUGCUGCUGGAACAGUACCUUUUUCGCUGAUGUAG